AUGUCUCCAGUGCGCAGUCACAGCCCGGUGCGCUAUAUUCCAGCUCCGCACAUUGGACAGGCUAGAGUGGGCAUCCAGCCAGGACGGAUGGUGCCAGCUCAGCGCUCCUGGCCUCCAGUGCGUCUCUUCGGCCCAGGAUAUCCUGCGCCGUCUCUGCACACUGUGUCUCCGGUGCAUCUGCACAGCCCAGUGCGUCCUGUGCUUGCGCCCCGCAUUUGCCGGGCGAAAGUAACAAUCCAGGCAGAAUGGGUUGUGCCGGCUGUAGGCUUGAAACCUCCAGUGCGCCUCCACGGCCCAGUGUAUCCGGUGCCUGCUCCACGCACCAGGCAUCCAGUGCAUCUUCCCAGUCCGGUGAGGCCUGUUCCAAUUCCACGUACGUACCAGUCCUCCAGUAUGUCUCCCCAGCCUGCCUCCAGUGAUGAUCCAUGGCACGAAGCCCCCAGUGAUGAUCCAUGGCACGAAGCCUCCCGUGAUUAUCCAUGGCACGAAGCCUCCAGUGAUGAUCCAUGGCACGAAGCCUCCAGUGAUGAUCCAUGGCACGAAGCCUCCAGUGAUGAUCCAUGGCACGGAGCCUCCAGUGAGUAUCCAUGGCAUGGAGCCUCCAGCAUCGAUCCAGCGACGGUCUCCAGUCCGGGGCCUGCGGCGAGGGUCCCCAGUCUGGGGCCUGCAGGGAGGGUCCCCAGUCCGGGGCCUGCGGCGAGGGUCCCCAGUCUGGGGCCCGCAGCGAGGGUCCCCAGUCGGGAGCCUUGCCGUGAGCAGAUUUAA